ACAGACUUUCACUUUGCAUUUCACAAGACAAUAGUCUAAAACUCAACUUUACCAACCGUGUCCUUCGCCCCUUAGCUAUAUUUCAGGCAGAAACAAAACAAAACAAAACCAAAUCAAGUGAAAUAAACAAGACUUAGAAGUAGAAUUAGAAGGGAAAAUGGCUAGUGGAGGAGGGUAUGGGGACCCAAGCCAGAAGAUUGACUACGUUUUCAAAGUAGUCUUGAUUGGUGACUCUGCCGUCGGUAAGUCUCAGAUUCUUGCUCGGUUUUCCAGAAAUGAGUUUAGUUUAGAUUCCAAGGCCACCAUUGGAGUUGAGUUUCAGACUAGAACUCUUGUUAUUGAACACAAGAGUGUCAAGGCUCAGAUCUGGGACACUGCUGGUCAAGAACGAUACAGAGCUGUUACGAGUGCAUACUAUAGGGGUGCUGUUGGAGCAAUGCUGGUGUAUGACAUAACAAAACGUCAGACCUUCGAUCACAUUCCACGUUGGCUGGAAGAGUUGCGUGGCCAUGCCGACAAGAACAUUGUUAUUAUCCUGCUCGGGAACAAAAGUGACCUUGAAAACCAACGAGAAGUUCCAACCGAGGAUGCCAAAGAAUUUGCUCAAAAGGAAGGACUAUUUUUCUUGGAGACCUCGGCUCUUGAAGCAACUAAUGUGGAGACUGCCUUCAUGACUGUGCUUACGGAGAUCUUCAACAUCGUGAACAAGAAGAACCUGGUUGCUGAUGAGAAUCAGGGGAAUGGCAACCCCGCGUCUCUAGCAGGCAAGAAGAUAGUCAUUCCAGGUCCAGCGCAAGAAAUUCCAGCAAAGAGCAACAUGUGCUGUAGGUCAUGAUUUAAUUGGAUUUGUCUCCUAUUGUCAGGUUUUUUAUUUUACAUUCUUAAUAUCAAAUUUUGAAGGGUGUGAUAUAUCUGUUUGUAUAUUAAACAUUGCAUUAGUUUAAUUUGCAAGGGGCAGCUAAUUAAUUACAUGUUCUGAGAUGGGGAAUAGAAAACCUAAAUUUGAAGCUGACUUGCAGAUUGCUUCAAUGUAUUUUUCUGAAGUUAUAAAAUCUAUCAAAUUAUCCUGCUGAA